CGAUUGAGCGAAGAUGAAGAUGAAGACGAAGUUGCUCGUCUCUCUCCAAAUAUUCUCGUUGAUUGUUUCUUCUCCAAACGUUGAUUCUUCGUCUCUUCUGCCGUUGAUAGAUUCGACCUGCAAGCAAACACCAUUCUACGACCUGUGUGUGUCUAAUCUUCAAUCGGAUCCGAGAAGCUCCACCGCCGACACGAACGGCCUAGGCGUCGUAGUCGUCGGUAAAAUCGAAGCUAAGUCCGCCGAGACACUAAACGCCAUUAACGGAUUGAUCAAGCAGAAACCGGAGCUGAGUCAAGCUCUGAACUCGUGCGCUGGAAAGUACAACGCCAUCAUCAAAGGCGAUGUGCCUCAGGCUACCGAAGCGUUUCAGAAAAACGAUCCGAAAUUCGCAGAAGACGCCGCCAAUGAUGCUGCAAACGAAGCUGAUUCCUGCGAGAAGUUGUUUAGUGGCCGUUCGCCUAUUACCAGUUCCAAUACUCUCGUGAAUCAGCUCUCUCUUGUGGCUGCCGCCAUUGCUAAGUUGUUGCUUUGAUUCUAGUGCCUUCCUCUCUCCUCGGUUUGUGUACAACUAUUUCUUUUUCAAUAAAUAUUUUUUUUAGUUAGAA